GUGAGGUCCUCUGGGGAAUGCCGGGGCUCCCCUUGCCAACACUUGCCAGCGAGGGGGCGUCCCGGAAGUAAGCUGCGCGCCUGCGCGGCAGCACGCAGUCUGCGCCUGCGCACGGAGGAGCCGCGGCGGCGCUCGGCAUGGGGGAGCCCGAGCCGGAGCCCGAGCAGAUCCGUCUGAAAUGUAUCCGUAAGGAAGGCUUCUUCACGGUGCCCCCGGAACACAGGUUGGGGCGGUGCCGGAGCGUGAAGGAGUUUGAGAAGCUGAACCGCAUCGGGGAGGGCACCUACGGCAUCGUGUACCGGGCCCGAGACACCCAGACAGAUGAGAUUGUCGCCCUGAAGAAAGUGCGGAUGGACACGGAGAAGGACGGCGUCCCCAUCAGCAGCCUGCGCGAGAUCACGCUGCUGCUGCGCCUGCGCCACCCCAACAUCGUGGAGCUGAAGGACGUGGUCGUGGGGAACCACCUGGAGAGCAUCUUCCUGGUGAUGGGCUACUGCGAGCAGGACCUGGCCAGCCUCCUGGAGAACAUGCCGACGCCCUUCUCAGAGGCCCAGGUGAAGUGCAUUGUGCUGCAGGUGCUGCGGGGCCUCCAGUACCUGCACCGGAACUUCAUCAUCCACAGGGAUCUGAAGGUCUCCAACUUGCUCCUGACAGACAAGGGCUGCGUGAAGACAGCGGAUUUUGGCCUGGCGCGGGCGUAUGGCGUCCCUGUGAAGCCCAUGACGCCCAAGGUGGUCACACUCUGGUACCGGGCCCCUGAGCUGCUGCUGGGCACCACCACGCAGACUCCCAGCAUCGACAUGUGGGCCCUGGGCUGCAUCCUGGCGGAGCUGCUGGCCCACAAGCCCCUCCUGCCCGGCACCUCGGAGCUCCACCAGGUGGACCUGAUCGUGCAGCUGCUGGGGACGCCCAGCGAGAACAUCUGGCCGGGCUUCUCGGCGCUGCCCCUGGCCGGCCAGUACAGCCUGCGCAAGCAGCCCUACAACAACCUGAAGCACAAGUUCCCGUGGCUCUCGGAGGCCGGUCUGCGGCUGCUGCACUUCCUCUUCAUGUACGACCCCAAGAAAAGGGCGACGGCUGGGGACGGCCUGGAGAGCUCCUACUUCAAGGAGAAGCCCCUGCCUUGCGAGCCGGAGCUCAUGCCCACCUUCCCCCACCACCGCAACAAGCGGGCGGCCCCCGCCACGUCCUCAGGUGUGGAGCCCCAGAGCAAGCGCAAGCCCUGAGCCUGACGCGGUCGCCAAAGACUGGACACCACCGGCGGAGCUCCUGCUCUCCAGAAAGGACCUGCGUCUGGGGAUACGGGGUGCGGCCUCGGGCCGGUUCCCAGAAGGAACUGGGGCCUGCCAGGGCCUGCUGCCCCCGCCCACGGGCGGCCCCGAAGGCUCGUCUCCGUGGGUGUGGCUGACGGGUCAGCAGACUGCAGGGCGCUUGUGACCUGAGGGGCGCCAGGGGUCCAGCCAGGGCAGGGCAGGCCGCACCCCAGGGCCCGUGACUGGCUGGAGGCCGUCUGCCCCGGGCCCUGGAGGGGAGCACCACAGAUAAAGACCGUGCUGACG